AUGGCUGCUAUUCCUCCAAGUCAGCAUAGCGUUCUAGGGGGCCCUACAAUUGCAAGUUCUUUACGUGGCUGGUUUCGAAGAACCGUUGUUGGACGGCAGACUGGUUGCAGCACCGAGGUCUUCCCUCCUCUGCGGCCUGCCCUCUCUGCGACCAGGAGCCAGAGACGCUGCAACACUUUCUCCUUGGGUGCGUCUUGGCCCGUGAGUUCUGGUACUGGGACCUUCGACGGUGGGACAAGGCGGAUUGGCUCCCCCCCUCAGAAAUUGCCAAAUCAGCCCGAAGUCCAAGAUAUCUCCUCUCUCCUCUGGGCGGCGCGGCGGCCGACGGGAGAUACAGAGGCGCAACCACCCUGCUUCAGAUCGGCGCCGGCGACCGCUUGCCCGACCGCAACCCCUUUUCCGUCACCUCCGCAGGAAUCCUGCCGCAUUCUUAGCUUCCUCCCUCCAUGGCCUCCCGCCGCCACACCUCCUCCCUUUCGAUUUUGUUCGGAGCGCGCUGUUGGGGUGACUGAUCCGGCCCGCGACGAGAGAGUCAUAUUCGAGCUGCUCGACCUCAAAGGCGAGGUGGAAGCACCCCUCUAUGGUUCCUGCGCGAAGUCACCAUUGAGCAAGAUGCCGGGGAUAACUUGGCUGUUUCUGAAGGGUGACAAGGAAGAGAAGCACGGAACAUUUUUCGACUUUACGUGGCAAAUAUACGUCUCAAGAAUGCAACAACUGAUGUAGUUCUCACUCCAUAUGAAAUUUUGAUAAAGUUCGGUAGAUCACUAUCACAUCCUUCAUUUGAUUAACAGAUUUUUUUUUUAAAAAACGUUUCUAUUACUGUAUUAUUUUUUACUUUCUCAAUUAUUCAUGACAGGUAGUACUGUUUACUGUUUUUUUUGUUAC